UCGCUCGACAAUCAUGAACAUUAACUUUGAAGGAAAACGCAUUCUUGUGACCGGCGCUGGUCAAGGAAUCGGGAAGGAAAUAGCUCUUCGUCUCUCUAAAUAUAAGGGACAAGUGUUUGCACUCUCGAGAACAAAAGAAAACUUAGAUAGCUUGGUGGCAAUUGAUCCGAAGAUUCAACCUAUUUGCGUCGAUCUUCGUGAUUGGGAUGCAACUAGAAAGGCUGUUCAAAGUAUCCUGCCAAUCGAUCUAUUGGUCAACAACGCUGCUGUCGCGUGUCUUACACCAUUUUUAAACGCUACGCCCAAGGAAUUUGAUUUAACUUUCGAUGUCAACGUGAAAGCUGCAUUCAAUGUGUCCCAAAUUGUAGUCGAAAACAUGAUCGAACGCAAAUGCGGUGGCAGUAUCGUAAAUAUAUCGUCGCAAGCUGGUCAGGCAGCAUUGAAGGACCACGCCGUUUAUUGCAUGUCAAAAGCAGCUCUUGACAUGUUGACGAAGACAAUGGCUCUCGAAGUGGGGCCGCACAAUAUAAGAAUCAAUAGUGUCGGUCCUACAGUUGUGAUGACGGAAAUGGGAAAAUUGGGUUGGAGCGAUCCGCAGAAAGCACAAAGUAUGAUCAACAAAAUUCCGCUUGGUCGAUUCGCUGAUGUUGAUGAGGUAGUUGAUCCUGUUGUAUAUUUAUUAAGCGACCGAAGUUCCAUGAUCAAUGGUGCCUGCUUGCCCAUCGACGGUGGUUUCUUAGCUACAUAAACAAAAAUUAUCAUCUUUAAGAAAGAAAAAAUAUUCUAUUACUACAGAUAUAGUGAUCUCCAUUUCCAAAAUUCAAUAUUUGUGGAAGUUA